UCUCUCUCUCUCUCUCUCUCUCUCUCGGCCCUUCCCCCAAAUGGUCCAUUUCUUAUAGUCACAUGCCACCCUUUUUCCACCCCCUUUCUCCUUCCGCGAAACCACCCUCCUCCUCGUUAAUCCCUGCCUCGCCCUGUAAAGUACCACUCCAACCUCUUUAGUAGUUUUCCCCUUGGAUAACUAAAGCAAAGCACCUUCAUCUCAUUCUCCACCCCUCCCCUCCUCCUCUUCUUAGUUCCCUUUGGCUCCAUACUCCACACCCCUCCUCCUUUUCUGGAGAUGGAGAGGUUAAGCGUCCACCAAAAGAACACCAAGCAAGCCAAGGCCAAGAAGACGCCCAUCAAGGUGGUGCACAUCUCCAACCCCAGGAAGGUCAAGGCAAGCCCUGCCGAGUUCCGCAACCUCGUCCAGGAGCUCACCGGCCAGGACUCCAACGUCGCCGACUUCUCCAAGUUCCCCGACGUCGAGGAUACCGGCGAUCUCCCUCCGCCGCCCCCUGAGCCUACCUCCGGGGCCACUGGCACCCCCCGGCCGAGCCCUGUCGUGCACCGGACCUCAGAUCCAUGCCAUAAUGCGUUUAGGAAUCUCCCGAGCCCAUUCGAGAUGAUCGAUGAGGCUUUCGAUCUGCAGAUGCUUGAGAAUAUUCCGGGGUUCUUGCCGUCGAUCGCCGCUGUACCACGAGCCCCAGGGUCAUGGCCUUGAUCGGGACUGCCAUGCGGCCUGAGUUGCGCAAGCUUAAUUUAUUGAGGUUUAGUGGCAUGAGAUUGAUGUAUGGAUCCUUCGUUAUGGUGUUAUGUUUCUGACGAUAUUUAUAAAUAUGUUGUGGUAUAUAAUUUGGUGCAUUUCAUAA